UCUGGGGAGAGGAUCUGGGAAGCAAACUCGGAGCAGAUUUGCGAAGGGGCUGCUCUGAGAGCACUGAUUUGGAUGGAAAUCAGCAGUGAAAACCUGGGAUUCCUCAGGAGUUUGCUGCCCAGGAGUUAACGGCCGAGAGUUGAGGGUGUUAAUAAAUACCCGAGCCCCGGCGCGGAGCGGCGAUGGAGCGGGGCUGGAGCGCGGUGCCGUGGAGCGGAGCAGCCGCUCGCUGCCCCUGAGCGGCGGCCGGAGCAGCAGGAGGAGGAGGAGGAGGAAGGCCGGAGCCCGAGCACGGCGGCGGCCAUGGAGGAGUGGCGGCAGUGCGGCCGCUGGCUCAUCGACUGCAAAGUUUUGCCCCCCAACCACCGGGUGGUGUGGCCAUCGGCCGUGGUCUUCGACCUGGCGCAGGCGCUGCGGGACGGGGUCCUGCUCUGCCAACUGCUGCACAACCUCUCCCCCGGCUCCAUCGACCUCAAGGACAUCAACUUCAGGCCCCAGAUGUCCCAGUUUCUCUGCUUGAAGAAUAUCCGAACCUUCCUCAAAGUGUGUCAUGACAAAUUCGGGUUAAGGAACAGUGACCUGUUUGAUCCCUUCGACCUCUUCGAUGUACGGGACUUCGGAAAGGUGAUCUCUGCAGUAUCCAGACUCUCCUUCCACAGUAUUGCUCAAACCAAAGGAAUUAGACCCUUCCCAUCAGAGGAGACCACAGAAAACGAUGACGAUGUGUAUCGGAGCUUGGAGGAGCUGGCAGAUGAACAUGACCUGGGGGAGGAUAUUUACGACUGCGUCCCCUGCGAGGAUGAAGGCGAUGAUAUCUAUGAAGAUAUCAUCAGAGUGGAAGUUCAGCAGCCCAUGAAAAUGGGAAUGACAGAAGAUGACAAAAGGAAUUGCUGUUUGCUAGAAAUCCAAGAAACUGAGGCCAAAUACUACAAAACACUUGAAGAUAUAGAAAAGAACUAUAUGAACCCACUGCGGCUGGUACUGACUCCCCAGGACAUGGAAGCUAUCUUUAUCAAUUUGGAGGACCUAAUUAAAGUACACUUCAGUUUCCUGAGAGCCAUCGACGUCUCGAUGAUGUCUGGAGGAAGCAGCCUGGCAAAAGUGUUUCUGGAAUUCAAAGAGAGGCUGCUGAUUUACGGCAGGUACUGCAGCCACAUGGAGUACGCCCAGAACACACUCAACCACCUCCUGGCCAACAGGGAGGACGUCAGGCAGAAGGUGGAGGAAUGCACACUAAAGGUCCAGGAUGGGAAAUUUAAAUUGCAAGAUCUGCUGGUGGUUCCAAUGCAAAGAGUUCUGAAAUACCAUCUCCUGUUGAAAGAGCUGCUCAGUCAUUCAUCAGACCGGCCGGAGAAGCAGCAGCUGAAGGAGGCUCUGGAGGCAAUGCAGGACUUGGCCAUGUACAUAAAUGAAGUAAAGAGAGACAAAGAGACACUAAAGAAAAUAAGUGAAUUUCAGAGCUCUAUAGAAAAUCUGCAAGUGAAGCUGGAGGAGUUCGGGAGGCCGAAGAUCGAUGGUGAGCUGAAGGUCCGCUCCAUAGUCAACCACACCAAGCAGGACAGGUAUUUAUUUCUAUUUGAUAAAGUGGUGAUCGUCUGCAAAAGGAAAGGAUACAACUAUGAACUGAAAGAAAUUAUUGAGCUGCUCUUCCACAAAAUGACUGAUGACCCUAUGAAUAACAAGGACAUUAAGAAGUGGUCAUACGGCUUCUACCUAAUCCACCUUCAGGGGAAGCAGGGCUUCCAGUUCUUCUGCAAGACGGAGGAAAUGAAGAGGAAAUGGAUGGAGCAGUUUGAAAUGGCAAUGUCCAACAUAAAGCCAGAGAAAGCCAAUGCAAACCACCAUAACUUCCAAAUGUACACAUUUGAGAAGACCACCAACUGCAAAGCCUGCAGGAUGUUCCUGAGAGGAACCUUCUACCAGGGCUACCUUUGCCCCAGGUGUGGAGCUGGUGCUCAUAAGGAGUGCUUGGAGAUCAUUCCUCCCUGCAAAGUCGGUUCUUCAGCAGACCAGGAUUCACUGAGUGCUGGACCUGGUCCUAAAAUAGUGGCGGUUCAGAACUACCACGGGACCCCCGCGCCCCCCGGGAAACCCGUGCUGACGUUUCAGAUUGGGGACGUGAUCGAGCUGCUGAGGGGGGACCCUGACUCACCCUGGUGGGAGGGGCGGCUGCUGCAGACGAAGAAGUCGGGUUAUUUCCCCAGCUCAUCGGUAAAGCCGUGCCCUGUUGAUGCCCGGCCUCCCAGCAGCCGGCCGCCCUCACGUGAGAUCGACUACACAGCGUACCCAUGGUUUGCAGGGAACAUGGAGCGGCAGCAGACGGACAACCUGCUCAAGUCCCACGUCAGCGGCACCUACCUGAUCCGGGAGAGGCCGGCUGAGGCUGAGCGCUUUGCCAUCAGCAUUAAGUUCAACGAGGAGGUGAAGCACAUCAAGGUGGUGGAGAAGGACAACUGGAUUCACAUCACGGAAGCUAAGAAGUUUGAAAGCUUGCUGGAGCUGGUCGAGUACUACCAGAGCCAUUCACUGAAGGAGAGCUUCAAGCAGCUGGACACGACGCUGAAAUACCCCUAUAAAUCCCGGGAGCGCUCUACCUCCAGGACCUUCACCCGCUCUCCAGUGUUCACCCCACGGGUCAUAGGCACGGCAGUGGCACGGUACAACUUCGCAGCGCGGGACAUGCGGGAGCUGUCGCUGCGGGAGGGUGACGUGGUGAAGAUCUACAGCAGGAUCGGCGGGGACCAGGGAUGGUGGAAGGGGGAAACCAAUGGAAGAGUUGGCUGGUUCCCAUCCACGUAUGUGGAAGAGGAGGGUGUGCAGUGACCGUGGGAUGUCGGAUGGAUGUCACCAGCACCUGGAGUGAGCUGCUGCAGCCCAUGCACACGUGUCCCAGUGCCGUGGCUCCCAUGGGCACGGCUGGACGCCUCCUGGGACUGCUCCUGCAGACUUUAGCUGUUCCUCUGUACAGUGUGCGCGGCCACCGGCCUCGCUCCUCCUACGUGUAUAGAAGAUUGAUGGUCUACAUUGGAGUAGCAGCUGCUGAAGAGUACCGGGAAAGCCGUGCUCCCCUGCAUGGACAGAGCUGAGAGACUCUGUGCAGUGCCCACCAGAGGAUGGGGUCCAAACCCUUGUCAGCAAAGGUGUUUAAAUGCCACCAUGGUGAUGGUGGUGGGAGGGUGAGGUUGGUUUGCGCCUGGGCUGGUGCCUGGGUGCGCCAAGGUGAGAAUUUGGGGGUUUCUAUGGGGAGGGAGCAACUCAGCCCCAAGGAGGCAAUGUGGACCCACACAUACUCUGCUUGUGGGUCCCCGGUUGUGGUUUCAGCAGCACCGUGUUGCUGCCGGGCGAGGGGCAGAGCAGGGAAGGGCUGUUGCUCGUCUCAGAAGGAUGCCACCCAUACAAUCAGGAACGCGUUCUGACCGUCAGAUGUAGGCUGCAAAUGGAUGUCGAGGUCAGACAGGAGGGAAAAGAGCCGCUUUGAAUGAGCUCGUUUAUGCUACAACUACCGUCAGUCCCACCAGCCUUGCUGCCGGCCAGGGGGAUGGACUGUCCCACUGGUGAGCAGGAGGUCUCAUGCAUUGCAGGACUGAGUAUCUGCUCUGCCACACAGGGUUCUGGGGACCACCAGGUACACACACAGGAGUGGAUGGGAGUGUGCGUCCGUGGGUCUGUCCAUCACUUGCUCCCAGCUUGGUUCUGCUGUAGGCAGGCCCCUCCGAGCCAGGCUGGUUCUUGGAGCUGUGACAUGUCCCACCUUGCUGAGCUCAGACGGACAAACCCACUUGAUAAGGGCUAAGGGAUCAACUGAUUGCUCUUGCAGAGUUGUGAAUGCAUCUCUUCUUCUCCAGCUGCGUGCAGGCCUGGGGGCUGUGAGCAUUGCUUCUCCCUUCCACAGGCUGUUACUGCUGCUGCUGUCAAGUAAAGGUCCCUCUAUCUUGGCAUUGCUGCUCUGUCCUGAGCACUGUCACCCGAGUCUGUUCCUUCCAAAGUGCAGCUCCUGGCGCUGGUAGGCAGAUCUGCCAAGUGAAAUCCCAGCCAUCCUCUUCUGUCAGGAACUGGUUUUGCUCUCCAGUUCCAGAACUUACAUGCAAAUAUGGAUAAAUAUGUGUGUAGGAGUGUGACAGGGAACAACUUUUUUCUAUGCAGUAUCUGAGCCCCAGGGAUGUCUUCAGCCUCUCUGAGUGGCAUUUUGAGCUGGUGGUUCCAUGCCCUGGUGCUGUUCCCCUGUCACUAGUGAUGGUCCUGCUGUAGGGCAGCUCUUGGCACCACACUGGUUCAGGUCUGGGAGAUGCCAGCGUUGGGUGGGUGAGUGGUCCUGAUGCCCUCAGUCCCUGGCAUGGUGGGUACCACAGCUGCAUCCAAAGCCUUGCCGCAAGUGGAGCAGCAAGGGAUAACAAAUGGAAGAGUCUGGGCCUCUUGAGGCAAGGGAAAGAUAGUAACUUGGAAAUUAAGUGUUGUUGCUCAGUGACAAGCCCAGAGCAGCCCCAGUUUGGUGCCCAUUCACCCUGGAGCCCAGUGGGUGCCCCAGUUCUGGGUGCUGCAGGGCCUGGCUGGGGCAGAUGCACACUAGGGUCUUGCUCUGCGAGGUGAUGGGGAUGCAGAUGGGACUCAGGGCUUCCCCAGGCUACUGUUUGGUGUUAACCUCUCUCUGCUCAGCUUGGGGUGCACUCAGGAGGAGCAGCCAGGUGGGAGCUGGCGAUGCCCUGCUCCUCCUGUGCAAAGCAAAGGGCCCUUCUGCAUUCUUGUAGCUGUACUGAAGCCAAGGGUGUUAGUUGGAUGGGAUGCACACA